CUCCCCCCUCGUUGUCGAAACAACAAACCCUACUACGGAGCAAGUGGCGGGGUGAAACUGAGAGAGCGUCCAAAACCGCCUCUGACCGCCAGUUUCAAACUCAUUUGCGGAUAUCGUGGUUAUAUCAAAACAAGAACAGAUAGCGACUCAACAAAGCAGUGACUCGUUUGGAAAUAAAUUGAAUAACGGGGUUCCACGCUACCUUGUGGACGCAGAGGAUCUGAGGUCUGUUCAUAUUUCAGUUGAUCAGACAUGUUAGAGAAAUGAUAGCGGCACCAGAGUUACCGUCGGAGUUCCACUAUCCUCAGGAUACGGACACCCGUUUCUCCUCAGACACAGACUUCUCUGAGGCUCCUGAUGUCAGUAUCAACCCAACCAAAGGAAAGGGGGGUAAGAAGGGGAAGAAGGUGACAGGAGAGAAGGGUAAAGGAGCGGGAGGAGCAGGGAGGAUGAACGGCCACUACCAGGAGAAUGGCAUGGAGAACCUAAUGCUGUUUGAGGUUGUCAAGAUGGGCAAGAGCGCCAUGCAGUCUGUGGUGGAUGACUGGAUUGAGGCAUAUAAAACCGACAGGGACAUGGCUCUGCUAGACCUGAUCAACUUCUUCAUCCAGUGUUCUGGCUGUAAAGGAGUGGUCAGUGGAGAGAUGUUCCGAAACAUGCAGAACUCUGAGAUCAUCAGGAGAAUGACAGAGGAGUUUGACGAGGACAGCGGAGACUAUCCUCUGACCAUGGCAGGUCCACUGUGGAAGAAGUUUAAGGGUAGUUUCUGUGAGUUUAUUGCUGUCUUGGUGAGACAGUGUCAGUACAGCAUCAUCUAUGAUGAGUACCUCAUGGACACGGUCAUAUCGCUCCUCACCGGACUGUCGGACUCACAAGUCCGAGCCUUCAGGCACACCAGCACACUGGCAGCUAUGAAACUGAUGACAGCCCUGGUGAAUGUAGCUCUGAACCUGAGCAUCAACAUGGACAACACACAGCGGCAGUAUGAGACAGAGAGAAACAAGAUGGUCGCUAAGAGAGCCAACGACCGGCUGGAGCUACUGCUGCAGAAACGCAAAGAGCUUCAAGAAAAUCAGGACGAAAUUGAAAACAUGAUGAAUGCUAUAUUCAAGGGUGUGUUUGUACACAGAUAUCGUGAUGCCAUAGCAGAGAUCAGAGCUAUCACUAUAGAGGAGAUAGGAAUGUGGAUGAAGCUCUACAGUGACGCCUUCCUCAAUGACAGCUACCUGAAAUACGUAGGCUGGACCAUGCACGACAAGCAAGGCGAGGUGCGUCUGAAAUGUUUGACAGCGCUGCAGGGACUCUACUACAACAGAGAACUGAACACCAGACUGGAGCUGUUCACCAGCCGCUUCAAGGACCGCAUUGUCUCCAUGACUCUGGACAAGGAAUAUGACGUCGCAGUACAAGCAAUUAAACUGCUCACUCUGGUACUACAUAGUACAGAUGAGGUGCUGAGCCCGGAGGACUGUGAGAGCGUCUAUCACCUGGUCUACUCCGCCCACCGACCGGUCGCCAUAGCAGCCGGGGAGUUCCUCUUCAAGAAACUGUUCAGUACGCGGGAGCCGGAAGAGGAGGGCGCCCCCAAGAGGAGAGGAAGACAAAGCCCCAACGCCAACCUCAUCAAAACUACUGUUUUCUUCUUCCUGGAGAGCGAGCUCCAUGAGCAUGCUGCGUACCUGGUGGACUCUCUGUGGGAGAGUGGAGCAGACCUGUUGAAGGACUGGGAGUGUAUGACCAGCCUGCUACUGGAUGACCCUGUGCCAGGGGAGGAAGCCCUGACAGACAGACAGGAGACGGCUCUCAUAGAGAUAAUGCUGUGUACGGUGCGCCAGGCUGCAGAGUGCCACCCGCCCGUAGGCCGCGGAACCGGGAAGAGGGUGAUGACAGCGAAGGAGAAGAAGACUCAGCUAGAUGACAGGACCAGGAUGACAGAGCUGUUUGCUGUGGCAUUGCCUCCUCUGCUGUCCAAAUACUCCAUAGAUUCAGAAAAGGUGACCAACCUGCUGCAGCUCCCUCAGUUUUUUGACCUGGAUAUCUACACCACAGGACGACUGGAGAAGCACUUGGAGGCGUUGCUGCGUCAGAUCAGGGAGAUGGUGGAGAAACACACAGACACGGAGGUGCUGGAGGCUUGCUCAAAGACCUACCACGCUCUCUGCAACGAGGAGUUCACCAUCUUUAACAGAGUGGACAUCGCCAGGUCACAGCUGCUGGAUGAACUGGUGGACAAAUUCAACAGACUGCUGGAAGACUUCUUACAAGAGGGUGAAGAGCCUGACGAUGAUGAUGCCUACCAGGUCCUGUCUACUCUCAAGAGAAUCACAGCCUUCCACAAUGCCCAUGACCUGUCCAAGUGGGAUCUGUUCAGCAGUAACUUCAAGUUGCUCAACACGGGCAUUGAGAACGGAGACAUGCCAGAGCAGAUAGUGGUCCAUGCUCUACAGUGUACCCACUACGUUGUCCUGUGGUACUUGGCCAAGGUCUCAGAGGGCAGCCACAGAAAGGAGGACAUGAUGAGCCUGAGGAAACAGAUGCGGAUGUUCUGUCUGAUGUGUCAACGUUACCUCACCAACGUCAACACAACCGUCAAGGAACAGGCGUUCACCAUACUGUGUGAUGUGUUGCUGGUCUUCAGUCAUCAGAUGGUCUCAGGAGGCAGAGAGCAGCUGGAGCCGCUGGUCUACAGUCCUGAUGAUUCGUUACAGACAGAACUACUGUCCUUCAUACUGCACCAUGUCUUCAUAGACCAGGACGAUGACAACUGCAGCACAGAUGGCCAGCAGGAUGACGAGGCAGCGAAGAUAGAAGCUCUUCAUAAGAGACGAAACCUCCUGGCGGCCUACUGUAAACUUAUCAUCUAUAACGUAGUAGAGAUGAACACUGGAGCUGACAUCUUUAAACAGUACAUGAGGUAUUAUAAUGACUAUGGUGACAUCAUCAAGGAGACCAUGUCUAAGACCAGACAGAUAGACAAGAUCCAAUGUGCCAAGACCCUCAUCCUCAGUCUACAACAGUUGUUCCAUGAGAUGUUGUCAGAGUUGGGGACAGGAUUUGACCGCUCGUCCUCAGCGUUCUGUGGGAUCAAGGAGCUGGCCAGACGUUUCUCUCUCACCUUCGGUCUGGACCAGGUGAAAACACGAGAUGCUAUCGCCAUGCUGCACAAGGAUGGUAUAGAGUUUGCAUUUAAGGAGCCAAGUCCCCAGGGAGAAGGAAACCCUCCUCUUCACCUGGCCUUCCUAGACAUCCUGUCUGAGUUUUCCUCCAAACUAAUGAGGCAGGACAAGAGGACUGUUCACAUGUAUCUGGAGAGGUUCAUGACCUUCCAGAUGGCCCUCCAGAGAGACGACUGCUGGCUGCCGCUCAUCUCCUACAGGAACUCCCUGCAGGCCGGCGGGGACGACGACACCAUGUCUGUUGUCUCCGGCUACUCCUCCAGAGGGUCGUCGGUCAGAUCCAAGAAGACCAAGGCUGCUACUCCCACUGCUACAGUCGCCGCAGCCAAGAGGAGACUUCCUGAAGCGGAGGAGAGCAGUAGCAGCAGUACAGAUAUGUCGUGGCAGCACCAGAGCAUGCAGACUCCAGUGAUGAUGCCCUCCCCCCACCUCACCUCUACCAUGAUGAGAGGACCAGGGGACAUGAGGGGGGAGGCCAAACGGGGGAGAGACGACAGCUACAUGGGAGUGUACGCACUCCCUUCGGACUCCCAGCAGCAGCCACACCCUCACACACUCCCCCAAACCCCUCAACUCCACCAGACACCCAUCGACUACAAUACCCAGGUGACGUGGAUGCUGGCUCAGAGGCAGCAGGAGGAGGUUCGUCAGCAGCAGGAGAGAGCCAUGAACUACGCCAAGCUCAGGACCAACCUGCAACAGGCCAUUCGGCGUGGUACAGGGCUGAUGGAGGAGGAUGAGGAGCCUAUCGUAGAGGACGUGAUGAUGUCAUCAGAGGGUCGUAUGGAAGACCUCAACGAGGGCAUGGACUUUGACACCAUGGACAUUGACUUGCCCCCCUCUAAGAACAGGAGAGAAAGAUCAGAGCUGAAACCAGACUACUUUGACCCUGGUUCUAUCAUGGAUGAGUCUGUCCUUGGCGUGUCCAUGUUUUAAACUGGUAUUUGUAGACGAAGAGGAGAGGCAUAGUGUAUUUAUGGAGACGUUAAGCUGCAGAUCAGAAGUCUUCUCUGGUUUAUCCUCCAUGGUCUAACACACAGUGUUGCUCGCUCAGAAGGGACUGAAUGAAAACAAAAUACUGUUUGUAAUCCUUGGGUAAGCUUUCACCUUUCAGUUAGUGGCAAACCAGUUCCAAACCUAGAAGAAUCCUCCAGGCGUUUAGUCUGAAGGAAGUUCUAUAAUUCUACAACGUUUUAUUUUUCUUCCAAAUGGAGAUGGAAUGAGUUGUAAGAUAACCUUUUAGUUUUUUGAAAUGUCUUCUAACCCUGUCUCUAUGCUAGUAUAGUGAGUAACCCGGUGCGGUGUAGUCAUUUAGAAACAGAUAGUUAGUAGGAAAGGUAGCUAGCUGUGGUAGUAGUGGAUGGACAUGGUCUUUAUGCUAUUUUCAGUUUUUUCCUUUUCCUUUCCCCCACGUUGGACUGUCAGUAGAAUCUGUUGGUUCUGUGGUUGUGAUGACGAUGACUGCUGGUGGUUGUUGGUAACCUGUUGAAUAGAUCAGCUGUAAGAGUCAUGGCUGUAGCAACACACAUCCAACCGGUUUCCAAGUGCAGAUUCCUUCAUACGAAACGAGUAGAAAUAACGCCACAUCCUUCAGUAUAGGUUCUUGCAACGUUUGGACCAGAAGGUCUGUCCGUCAUAUCCAACUGUGUGUGUUGGUAGUGUUUCUAUUCCGGGGUUGUUGAAUACAGUCUGACUGAGGAACCCGGUAGUUGCUGUGAAGAGGCCCAGGGUGCGUCUCAAAAGUAGUGCACUAUGUAGGGAAUAGGGUGCCAUUUGGGACGAAGACCCAGUGUUUAACAAGGAACUAGGCUGUCGCACAAGUCCUGAAGCUUACCCAAAGAUUUGGAUCCUUCUCCCUAUCUGAAGAGACUACUCCCCGACGGACAGCGAGGUGAUUUUCUCUCUGGUAGUGCCACCACUGUGCUGACUCAGAGACAAGCAAGCAGCACGUUAAUACACAGAAAAUACAUUUCUCCAGAAAAUCCAGCAUAUUUAGUGUUGAAAUGGCUAUCUCUAAAUUUUAAAUAAAGUUAUAUAUGAAUCGGUGCUGAUUUUAUAACUGUGCUUUUUUUAAAUUAAAAUGUUCAACUUAAGUUAAGGUUUCAUAAAUGUGUAAAACUGUUUAAAAUGGAAAGCAUGUGUAGUCAUGCUGCGAGGAAGAUUUUUACAUUUGUAUUUUGGUUUUAUUUCGUCUUAAUAAUGUUUUGGGGUUUCUACCUUUUUUUUUUUUCCUACGUGUAAAUUAGUUUGGAUAAGACUCAUUAUGAAAAAAAUUAAUGUGACUUGUGAAAUAUCAGCUUUAAGGUUUUCAACAUCAUGAGUAAUAAUAAUGUCCUUUUGCGAAACUCCACCAUAUAAAACUGUAUAGAGAACUUAAAGCCAGUCAUUAUAGUCCUAUAGAAAGGUUGUUGUUUUCAUUCCAAAUGGCACCCUGGUGCCCUCACCAGGCCAAAUAUUCCCUAUGGGCCCUGGUCAAAAGUAGUGCACUAUAUAGGGAAUAGGUUGCCAUUUGGGACAGUUCUCAACAACAGCAGCAGCACUCUGGCAGCUAGACAAAGCUUACAUGUGACACGAACUAUUAUGUCAUCCAUAAGUUUUAAUUAAAUGUUUUGUCUACUGAGGGUAAAUCUAUCUACUUUGUAAUCAUUCCAUGCCUGGGCCUUAAACAUGCUAUAGUGGAAGGAAACCAACUGCCCUGUCCAAUAAACUGCCCCUAGCCCCAUAACAGUAUUGCUAGCAUAUAAUUGCUCUGGUUUGUGUAGACCCCCCCCCCUUCUAGUAAUUCUAUGCCUAUACCCCUAGGCACCUGUGUAUAUCUGAUAGGAAUGGAUAAGUAAGGUAUAUCCAAUUUGGCUUCAUCCCAACCAGUUUUAUUGGGGAGAAGGUGAAACUACUACCCAUCAAAUCACUGCAGAGUUACACUAGCAUCUAGGGGUUAGGGCUGAGGUAGCCUCGGAAAGCCUCGGAGUUGGGGCUGAGGUAGCCUCGGAAAGCCUCGGAGUUGGGGCUGAGGUAGCCUCGGAAAGCCUCGGAGUUGGGGCUGAGGUAGCCUCGGAAAGCCUCGGAGUUGGGGCUGAGGUAGCCUCGGAAAGCCUCGGAGUUGGGGCUGAGGUAGCCUCGGAAAGCCUCGGGGUUAGCGCUGAGGUAGCCUCGGAAAGCCUCGGAGUUAGCGCUGAGGUAGCCUCGGAAAGCCUCGGAGUUAGCGCUGAGGUAGCCUCGGAAAGCCUCGGGGUUAGGGCCGAGGUAGCCUCGGGGUUAGGGCCGAGGUAGCCUCGGGGUUAGGGCCGAGGUAGCCUCGGGGUUAGGGCCGAGGUAGCCUCGGGGUUAGGGCCGAGGUAGCCUCGGGGUUAGGGCCGAGGUAGCCUCGGGGUUAGGGCCGAGGUAGCCUCGGAAAGCCUCGGGGUUAGGGCCGAGGUAGCCUCGGGGUUAGGGCCGAGGUAGCCUCGGAAAGCCUCGGGGUUAGGGCCGAGGUAGCCUCGGAAAUCUUCUGUAGAUGACAUUUGGAAGGAUAGCCUCGUGAAACUAGAGUUUAGGGUGCUAGGGGUUGUUUCUGGACAGGUCCUAAAUAGUUUUCUCUUACUAAUCCUCUUCCAUGUCAGAGGUAGCCAUGAAAGGUGAUUAUUAUAACGACAGAAAACAGAUGGUCCAGAUGUGAUGUCGAUGAAGUAGAUACAGGCAGCCUGUGUGUUUUACCUAAUUGUUAUUUUAUGUAAGUACAUAUUUUGGAGUAAAAAUGACUGUGGCUUUUGUUUUGUCACUUACUACCACUACAUUGGUAUAGUUCCUUUAUUUGAGCCUUCCUGUAUAUAAAACAAACAUCAAGCUUUAUUUUCAUUUGUUGUGUUUUUCCUUUUUGGCCAUUUUAUGUAUGUGUUGAAUUUCCUCAAAUAUAUAUAUAUAUAUAAUAUACACACACACUUCUGCGCUGUUUGUUCCCAUCCUAUUGCCACUCCCUCUCAGAUUUGUACUUGCCUGGAGACAGGCACUUUUUGAAUAAAAGUAAACCAACUCGA